AUGGCUCGUGAAACUUUCCUAGCCGAACAAUGCCUUUCCUUUAAUAAUCAAAUCCAAGAUUUAAUACCAUGUACAUUCAUUCAUCGUUUCCAUCAAUCAUUGAAGAAAGUAACAAGACGUUGGAGAACACACUACCGACGCAGUUAUGGCCGAAUACGUUCAAUUCAAGAUGUUAUUAAAUUAGCCAAAUGGGAACGCCGACAUUUAUCUACUAAUAAUGCCAUAUGCAAUCGUUUAGUACUAGGAAAUCCAGCUUGUCCAUCGCCUACAGAUCUACAAAUGUUUUGCGAUUUUUGUAGUAAAAUAGAAGAAUUACGACAACGUUUUACCCAUAGUAUCUAUCAGCCAUUAUUAGAUUUCUUCUAUGAUGCCCAAGUUGGUGGCCGAAAAUUAAUUAAAAUUGCAAAUAUACUUGAGAAAAUUGUUCGAGACUGGGAUCGUUUACUCAAUACAGACCAAAUACAACCAAAGUAUUUCUCAUCUUGCAGCGCGACAUGGAAAGGAUUACCUAAGAGAGACGAAGCGCUAGAAUAUUAUGAUAUCCUAAGGCUACUACCGGAUUUAAUCGAGAAAGCAUUUGAAGCAUUACGAUUAGCAAGGCAAUGGCGACAAUUAUUAAAAUCAUCCCAAUAUCACAAUCCUGUUGGCCAAAAUAGGACUACUAGACGUACUGAUUGUCAUGAUUAUUCCGAUUCAAGUGAAGGUACUUGUGUUAAUAGCCCAUCGAGUAAUGGUAGUCCAGUCGAUGUUAGCCAUCAUGAUAAAGAAAACCACCAACACCGACUGCCAUCGCAACAACCACCACUGCAACAGUCUUAUGUCAAUGCAGAGAGUCGAAAUUCAUCCGACGAUAGUGGACGACCUAAAUCUCGGCUAAAAUUACGACCUCGGUCUAAAGUAACAUCGAUUAACCAAGAUGAUCAACAUAGGAAACAACUGAAAAAGAUUGAAAAGGAAUUAAAAGCCAGUAAAAAGAAAUGCAAUCAUUUAGAGAAACAAUUAAAAGCGGCUAUGGAAGCUUGUGAAAAUUUACAAAGUGAACGAGAUCGUGCUGAAACUGAAUGCCAACAAUUGCGCCAACAAUUACAACAAAGUAAGCAGCAAUUGCAAGAUACAACAGCACGAUUAGAACGAACAGAUUGUCGUAAUCGUUUCUUAGAAGAUGAAAUUAAUCGAGCUAUGCAAAGGAUGCAUAGCUCAGACGAGCAAUUAAUGCGAGCAACCAAUCAUGUCAAAUGGUUGCGUAAAGAACUCGAGCGGACACGACAGCGUUCUGGUCAGCUUGAAAAGGAUUUAGAAUACUUGCAUGAAAGGAUGCAAGGGUUAAAAUUAGAAUUAGAUAGUGCUCGCAAUAAACAACAUUCAUUACAUGGUAACUUGCAAUUACUACAACGAUUAGAAGAUUUCCAUGAAUUAACGGGUGCCAUGGAGCCACGCCAACUAUCAUCGUUAAGAACGACAUUAUCUGAUAAGUUGGAAGUGGUCCAAAAUCGAAGUCGUAGUAUUGAAGAUGAUUUAGAUAAUUGUCUUACACGUUGUAAUACAUUACAGAGUCAGCUGGAUGUUGCUAGAGCAAGAGAAAGAGUAGUGCAAAGAAUUCGUCAUCAAUCCAAAGAUCAAAACGAUCAAAAUCCUCCAUCAUCCAAUUCUCCGUUACCUCAAUUAGAGCAAUUGCAACAAAAACAAGGAAUAUCCGAUCGCUGUUUAACCGAAUUUCAACUGAAUGAAAUUGCAAGAAUUAUCCGUGAUUAUUGGAAGGAUUUAGGACGAUCUCUUGGUCUUAGCGAAUCGGAUUUAGUUAGCAUUGAAAAUGACCAUCAAGGAUCGACACAUGAACAAAAAUAUGCGGUCUUAUUAACAUGGCGAGAUAAACUAGGUCCUCAAGCUACUGUUCGACAACUUAUUGCUGCCAUGUUACGAAUUAAUCAACAAUUUGAUGCGAACAUUAUCUUAAUGACUUGCUCUGCUUCUUCCUAA